AUGGGAAGUAAAUUACAUACCAAAAGACAAUUGCCUACAGUUUCCAGAUUAUUCCGAACGCCAAAAGUAACAUUUCUACUUAUAUUCAUAUUUUUCACUCUUAAAUUAGAACUGUGUGACUCUUUGAGCGACACCUGCUACAUUUGCCAGAAUUACGCUUUUGAGACCAAACAUUCAGACGUUUUUACUGGAAUUCCAAGGUUCAAUGAACUCGUAUCCUCGAUUUCGUACGAAUAUCUGUAUGAUAUCGUCGAAAACUUCAUCAAAAAACAAGAUGAGGUUGUGGAAUCCAACUUAAUUAACUUAAAAAACGAUGUUGAAAUGAUGUUCGCUCCAGUUGAAUCAUUUUUUGGGAAGACGCCAAACAGUAUCGAAACAAUGAAUAAUCGACUUCAAAAGUUCGUGGAAUGUAUUAAAAACAAAAGCCAAAACAAUAUAAGAGAUUCACUGGAAAAUAUCAAAAAUUCAACCCUAACAACAAUCGUUUCCGAUUUUGAUGAUUUGGCAAACAAAAUUAAAAUUGCAGAAAACGUUUCAUUCACAAACUUGGGAGAUGUGUUUGGCAAAGCCAAAUGUUAUUCAAUGUUCACAGAUGUGCAAAAGUGCUGCAGCCUAAAAUACAUUACAAGCACUUCAACAGAAAGUAUUGAAGCCAUAAUUGCUAGUAACCCUAGUCUGGACCUGAAGAAGUGUGGAGAUUUCGAAACUAUCUCUAAUAAGUUCGCGGAACUGGAGGAGGCUCUGAUUAAACAGGAAACAGAGAUAUGUGCAUAA